GAUGCUUCAGCGGCAUGUGCGCCUUCCCCUCUCCAAAUCUUCCAGAGAGGAUUUAAUCGCCGCUCAUCUUGAAUAAGUCGAGAAGUCGUUGAAGAUGAGUGCUCUGCAAACAUUCUUGUUUUUUGUCCUCCUGCACCAGGUCACAUGCAGGAAAGUGCACGGAGGCGCCACGGAGCUCAUAGAGUGGAGGGACAGCGGUAAUGAACACAAGAUGUCUCCCACGGGGGCCAGUCCACGGAUCCUCAACCCCCUGCGUUUGUUUGCCAAGGGCUCCCCCGAGUUCAAGAGCAACAUAAGGGAGAUGACAUAUUUACAGAACAUGGAGGACUUUUGGGACUGGUUAUCUAACCAGACAGAUGUUCAGGGCGCACAGGCCAGAACUAAACGCAGACCCAUCGUCAAGACCGGCAAGUUCAAAAAGAUGUUUGGGUGGGGGGACUUCCACUCCAACAUCAAGACGGUCAAACUCAACCUGCUGAUCACGGGCAAGAUCGUGGACCACGGGAACGGCACGUUUAGCGUUUACUUCCGCCACAACUCCACGGGCCUGGGGAACGUGUCGGUCAGCCUGGUGCCGCCCUCCAAGGUGGUGGAGUUUGAGAUCGCCCAGCAGUCCACACUGGAGACCAAAGACACCAAAUCGUUCAACUGUCGCAUCGAGUACGAGAAGACGGACCGCAACAAGAAGACGGCGCUGUGCGGCUUUGACCCGUCCAAGGUGUGCUACCAGGAGCAGACGCAGAGCCACGUGUCAUGGCUGUGCUCGAAACCCUUCAAAGUCAUAUGCAUCUAUAUAGCCUUUUACAGUGUAGACUAUAAACUGGUGCAGAAGGUUUGCCCCGACUACAACUACCACAGCGACACACCGUACUCCUCCACCGGAUGACCUAGCAGUCGUUAGCACACGUCCGCCUUUUGUUUUGUCUUUAAGUAACGUAAAUGUCACGCUCUUAACUCCUCGUCCCCAAACACCUAAAUACCUGCUGAGAGCACAGCUGACAAAGGGACACACACUGGAGGCAACACUUUUGUAUUUGCUGCACGACGAUACCGAUUUACCAGUUCAGGUAGUUAGGUGUCCAGGGACUGGGUUUUAGGAGUUGACUUGGGAUUCGGAGGAAGCUACCAACCCUGGGUGAAUCCCCCCACCUCACAACAGCACAUGUUCUCCGUACAGCCCUGGUAUAAUUAGUAUGUUAUCCAGAUGUUUCCUUAAAGGCUAGGCCACAGGCAAGGAGCCUCCCCAGCUGGAAGUGCACAGCAGACUUCUGCAAGCGCUGCACCGAUGCUAACGCUCUCCAACCAUUUCCUCACCUUGUUUAAACAGUUCUGGGAUGAAGCAUGACGAGACGAUGAAUCGUGUUAAUAAUUACAAUAGCCAAACAUUUGAACAGUUAUUCAGCAGAGCAUAAAAUUAAAGAUUUCCCACUUGGAGCGUCACCACGUUUUAACAGAUAAAAAUGAUCCGUUCAUUGUCUUUGAAGUGGAGCUGACAUCCAUCUGUACCUGUUAGCACAACGCAGACAGGACAGCGUCUAUUAUUUCUGAUUAGUUUGAUCAAUGGGCAUUUCUUCAACAAUUAAUAAGGACUUGCAUCCAAUAUUUUAUCUCUGUUAUCUUUCUCUUGUAGGGACUGAAACAAAGCCAAGUGAUUGAUUCAACCUAAUUUAAAGUGCCCGCGACAAAAUAAAUUGAUCCGACAAAUCUGAAGCGAAAGAAACCCGAGAGCGUGCUCGUAAAUUAUUCCCCACACACACAUAUGUAGGUACCCAUCCAUGCACACCGUGGCUGCUGCCUUGUUUGUUCCUUAGAAUGUGUUGGUUUUCUGCUACAAUCAUCAUAAGGCAUGUGUAUGCUAAACCACUCUGAAAUCCAACAUCUGUGUUUGCAGGAUGCACUUUGAGGCAUCAGCCUGCCGAGCGAGCCCCGCAGUGGAUUAAUGUGUCAGGAGAGGUGGGGAGGGGGAAGCAAUAAUUGCAGGACAGGUGGAUUUAGUGAGUCUGGCAGACAAUUAUCAGCACUUUGUCAUGGUCCCGCCACCAGCCCUGACAUUACCUGUCUUUAAUAGGCUUUAAUUAGCCUGGGAAAUUUCAUUUACCAAGAGUGGAGAAACUGAAGGAGAGAGAGCGAGAAAAAAAAAAAAGGCAAAAGUACAGAAUCCUUCUGCAAUUUUAAUGAGAAGAGGGACUAAAUUUGAAAUAUCAGACAUUUCCCAAAUGUACAGCAGGCUUAAGUUGACUGACUUUUGUGUAAAAGUGGAUAACAUCCAGCCUGGUAGUACACGGUGUAAUGUGCUUUGACUUAGCAAUCACUAAAAGUGUUGAAAAGGUUUCGCUGACGACUGUCUACACAUUAAACGCCGUCGGUUGUGUUGUUUGCACAUAUCCAGGGACGUGGCAAUCCUUCCUGUCAGUGUUAUUUUACCUGUUGUAUCUCACGUCUUUCCCCAUCAGCUGUAAAUGAUCCUGUCACCUUCUACACGUGGAGUCAGGUGUAUGAUAAGGAACCAGACCAGAGUUGAUCUAUGUUAAUGUUUUAGUUCUGCUCCUUUGUGCAAAUGCUGUGUAUUAACGUGUAACUCUAAAACUAAACGUGUUUAAUUAUGGCUUCAGAGUAAAUGAUGUCAGUUUAUUCUAAUUUUUUUUCCAGAGAAAUAUAUCAAUGAGUAUGCUGUUCCUUAUUUUUUGGUGUUUGUUCAGAAAUAUCAUGUAGAUAAAUGUCAUAUUUAUUGCUUCUAGUCAUAGAUUGCUUUGAUUUCCAUUCUUGUAGUUGCAGGUUGCACCUCCUCUGAUUUUCUGCUUGCCUAAUCUUGUUUGAACAGUUUCCCCUGUAAAAUAGGCAUAAGAGCACUUCUGUGUGUAUAGUGUAAUUACAGAUGUUAAUUUUGGAACAUUUGAUUUCAUAGGGAGUUCAUUUUGUUAAAAUGUACCUGUAAAGAUCAAUUUAGGUUUUUAUGGCAUUAAACCUUAUUUGAACUUGG